AUGGCCCACCAUCAGAAUAUCAGAAACAAACCUGUUACAAAGUACCACGUCAUGUUUGUUCCUGAUAUUCAGCGGGACUUCAACGUGAGCCAGCAGCAGCAUGCGGUGCAGCCGCCGCCUCAGCCGCAGCCGCAGCCGCCGCCGCCGCCGGGCGCCGGCGAGUCGACCGCGGCGGGCGGGCUGCUGCCGCACCAGUCGCGCUCCUACCCCAGCGGCGGCGCCAGGCUCGCCAGGACGCCCUCCGUGUCCUCGCAGGGCAGCCUCGACUCCAGCCUCUCCAGACAGAGCCAGGGGUCGCAGCGCGGCUCGAGCCCCGUGAUCCGCACGCCGCUGGGCGGGCCGGACCGGUCGCCGUCGCCGGUGGGCGCGCGCGCCGCCUCGCCGUGCCCCUCGUGCCCCGGGCCCGGGCCGUCGCCCUCGCCGUCGCCGUCGCCGUCUCCGUCGCUGCAGCAGGUGCAGCCGCAGCCGCGCGCCGGCCGCUGCCUGUCGCCGCUGCUGCUGUCGGCGGGGCCCGGCACGCCGCCGCCGUCGCGAGAGCCGCCCGCCUCGCCGCUGGGCGCGCUGCAGCCCGACCUGUACGCGCGCCGCGACGGCCCGCUCUUCCUGGACGCGCGCACCCGCGGCCGCAGCCUCGGCCGCCUCCACCUGCGCCUGCACUACGACUUCGACAAGUCCGACCUGCACAUACACCUCAUCGAAGCACAUGACCUUGCAGGCAGUGAACAAGGUGGCUUCAGUGAUCCAUACGUUCGACUCAGUCUUGUGCCACCUGUAGACAACCGUAAAAGACAAACAGCCAUACACCGUCAUGAUCCAAAUCCAUUUUUUAAUCAGCAUUUCAAAUUCCCUGUAUCACACCAGGAUUUACAGGAAAAAACACUUGUAUUGCAGGUAUUUGACUAUGACAGAUUUUCUCGGAAUGAUGUAAUAGGUGAAGUCAGGAUGUCAAUGGAAGAUCUAGAUGUGACAUCUAGUGUUGAAGUGUGGGGUGAAAUCAGCAAGCACAAAAAGCCUCCUGAAGAAUUACAAGAAGUUCUGCUGUCGCUCAGUUACCUUCCAUCUGCCGAACGCCUAACUGUUGUUUUGCUGAAGGCCAGAAAUCUUUUCCUACCUCCAGAUAAGGACACUGUUGAUCCAUUUGUGAAGGUGUACUUGCUAAAUGGUGGUAAAAGAGUGAAGAAAAAGAAGACUGCAGCAAGAAAAUCAAACUGCAAUCCAGUAUGGAAUGAAGCUCUAACUUUCAAUGUGGCAUCAAGCAUUUUACCACAGACUGCCGUAGAAGUAUGUGUGAUGGACCAAGGCAAUGAUCUCAUUGGACACACUCCACUUCUGGGAUGUUGUGUAAUUGGUCCACAAGAAGAGGGUCCUGAGCAAGAUCAUUGGAGAGAUAUGACCCAAAGUCCACGAAAGGCUGUGGCAAUGUGGCACACUCUCAGAUAGAUAUAUCAAGACAGGAUAUCUACCUUCAACAUAUGAUUUCUCACUGGAUCAGCAAAUAUGUAUUUUCCCUGAGGGCUAUUGUCAUGUGGCACUCUCUCAGGUAGAUCAAUAAGCAGAUCUGUUAUUAUCAUACAAAUUCUUUUUUUUUUUGUUCUCUCCGUUGCAAGAAACUUAAUGUACAAACAUUUUAACACA